GUCAGUGCCAAUUUACAGCUGAACGAGUGUGCUUCUCCGCGCCGUUUCACUAGAUAUUGUGAGUUUCCGUGAAUCUCGCUUUUUGGUUUAGCUCUCUAGCUCAGUGCUCAGUGUGGUGUGGAGCUUUGUGAAGUGGAUUAUUCCAGUCAGUAUCUACCUAGUGUAAUAGGGUAACCAACAGGUAGGAGUGCAAUUUAAAUCGUCAUUUUCAGUGUGAUCGCGUUUUUUGUCGGGUUAUCGCAGUAAGCCAGUAUAGUGCAUAUAUAGUGAGCAGUGCUCUCGAUCCGCGCCGUUGGUCGGAGAAAAUUGUGUGAAAGUUGUGCAAAGUUUCCAACGUCAAAGUGCUCAAAUUAGUGCGCGAAUUGUUGCCUGUCUGCCAUAGUGGUGUUGGAUCUAAAGAGGUCUAAAGCGUAGAUAUACAAAAAGGUGAAGAGUGUCAGGCCAGCAAUAUCGACAACAGAAGAAGCAGAGUCAAGAGUCAUACAUAGUGUUGGGGACCCCACAUACCAGCGAUCCACACAAACGUGCGCGCACACACAUCUCGGUGCGCGAGUUACCUGUCACUCAGUCGAUCACUCACCACAAGACGACAGAGUUCUCACCUCAGCAGCAACCUCAGCAAUCGAGGAAAAAUAUCACACAGCAGGCCAGCAAACCCAGCGACGGUGACGUGUUGUGUGUUUGAAAGUUCGCCGAAGUUAGACGUCGAGUUGAUCGAGUGUAGAACUGCCUGCCGGGAGCUCGUCGUGGCUUUGCUCCGUCCGUCAAGAUAGGUCCUCCGACGAAGUGAUCCGCCGGGCCUCUGAAGUAGUGAUCGACCUGGUGCCGCGAUGGCGUCCACACUGAUGUUCUGGAACAAGCAGAACUCCAACAACCAAAACGGAAACGAUGCCAAGAACACAAAAAACGGCCGCAACUGGCUACACGCCCCGGACGUGCUGGUCAACGGCCAUGUCGCUUAUCUAGUCAAAUUCCUCGGAAGUACCCCAGUCGAGCAGGCCAAGGGCAUCGAAGUGGUCAAGGAAGCCAUCCGGAGGUUGCAAUUCACACAGCAGAUGAAGAAGGCGGAAGGAGGCAGUAAUGUUAAGACGAAAAAGGUCGAAAUAACCAUCAGCGUGGAUGGCGUUGCAAUACAGGAACCCCGCACCCAGACGAUCCUGCAUCAGUUUCCGCUGCACAAAAUCUCCUACUGUGCCGACGAGAAGGGAGUGAAAAAGUUCUUCAGCUUUAUUGCCAAAACCGGAUCCGGUUCGGCGACGCCAUCGCUGAGUGCCAGUGACGAUACGCAUUCGUCCCAUUCGGGUGACCAUCAGCAGCAACAGCAGCAGCAGGAUGGCGGCCAGCACGAGUGCUUCGUGUUCAUCUCGAACAAGCUGGCGUCGGACAUCACGCUCACGAUCGGGCAGGCGUUCGAUUUGGCCUACAGGCGUUACGUGAACGACAGUGGCAAGACCGUCGAGUCGAGCAAACUUCACUCCCAGAACAAACAGCUCGAAAGCACAGUCAACGCGUACCGUCAACGGUUGAAGGACCUCUCGGAGCUGGUGUCCAAGCCGGACUUGGACAAACUCCUGCUGAGGCUCGGCCUGCGGGACAUCUGCGAGGUCCCGGCGAUGGAGAAUGGCAUCGACAGCCACGUGGCCGCCGUCAACGGUAGCAAGACGCCAGAUUUGGGCAUUGAUGUAUCGUUACCAAACAAUGACGAUCAACUGCUGAUCGAAACAUCGCCGAAGCACUUCGCUCCGAUCGUCCCACCGCGGAACAUCCAGAAUCAGAUCAACAGCACACUGGAGGCGUUCAAACCCUCGGUGGGCACCAAGAUGGAAGGUCUGCUGCUAAACUCGGACUCGGACAGUGAUUUCGAUCCGCGAGCGCCAGACAACGACAGCCCAUCGAUCGGAGGCAACAAGAUCAGCAACGAUCUUUUCGGAUUCGAACCACCGAAGCAGAGCUUAGGCCAACAACUGUUCACCAGCGCAAACAACAAUAACAACAACAACAAUCUCGCCGGAUUUACCAACGGCAACAAUGGAACCACAAAUGGAUUCGGUGCUCCCACAAGUCCUCCUCCAAUUUUGGCUCCUCCACCCCAGAAAACCGCCCCGCGUAGGACAACCCCAGCGCACCAGAACAAUGGCAACGGAUACCAGGACCUGUUUGGGUCGGCGCCCUUCAACCCACAAGCCCUUGAUGAUACAUCCUUCGAAAGUUCCUUCGACGAUUCGACCUUCUCAGUGAACUGCAAUUCGACCACCCUCCCAGCGGUCAGUUCCUUCUCCGAAGAGAUGCGAAUCUUAGCGGACAAUUCGUCCAAACUGGACAGCGUGCUAGCGUUGAACAAUAGUAGUCUCCGUAAUGGUCCUUCGACGCUUCCGGUGGCCACUUCGAUGAAUCCCAUUUCGAGCGGGCCGUUGGCGACGCAAGCGGCCAAGUUGAACCCGUUCGCAACGCUGGCCGUUCCGGCCAAAAGUAUGCUCCGUGGCAAUCCGCUGACCACUGUCAUUAAUGGGCACAGUUCGUACGAUGUGUUCCAGAAUGCGUCCGAUGGGGACAACACACUAACCGGUAGUAUCUCACCCGCACCUCAUGUUUCAUCCGCCGGUACCGUUGCCACCCAGCAGCCAUCCUCGGCGUCGGCGUCGGUCGAAUCGGAAGCCUUGUUCCAAGGCUUUGCUUUAUCGGCUUUUAAUGAAUUCAAGAAAGAUUUAAGCAAUACCAAUUACUAUCAGCAGCGACGUGGAGCGACGGCCUCGAAGGUGGAAUUCGGUGGCAAGGGUGCUUCCAUUGUGGGCACGGCUUCCGGCACUGUGGGUAGUCACGGUUUGAAUGGUGCACGUGUGAUCGUUGGGGCCAGCGGGACACAGUUCCACGAGAAGACCACAUCCAAAAACGGCUUAUUUAGCUCGGACGAUCUGCUGGACACGUUCGAUCCGCUGAAAAAGUGAUGAACAAUCCCAUCCAACCGUCUUCCUGCUUCAGGAUCCAGAUCACAUACACCCUCCCCCCUCUUCGGGCACGCCCACCAUUUCCGAAAACGCACGCACGUUUACAUUUGGUUAGUCUAUUUUUGUUAGUUUCUUUCGGAAGAAAAUCCCAGGCAAAUUGUAUCAUUCAUUCCAGUUGAAUCUCACACCGCGCCAUGAACCAUUUAAGUGAAUCUCAUACCAUCUUUUAUUCUCUCGUUUGAAAAAGUAAACCGCCGGGCACAACGCGUGGAACGGGAAUGAUCUUUAUAUUAAUUAGUGCACUAUACAAAUAAUCACCUUUUACCUAGGGAAACUAUUGGCGUGGAAAGCAGCCGCAAUCAGAUGGGAAGAUUUAUUGUUCUUGUUUUUUGAGACAGAGUUGGAAAUUUGGUUUUUGUAGAUUAGAUGGAUAGAUUUUUUUUGGUGGCCACGUGCUCUGGUUGGCACACCUGAGGUCCAAACUGAUAGUAUUAAAAGGGUUAUCCAAUCGAGAAUUAAACUGUAUGAAGCAACCCAACCUUGUGGUGUUUUAUCCCCUCAUAACAAUGUGAUAACGAUGAAAUGGAAACGAUACGACAAAGCACACCGCGCAGAUUCUUCCUUAAUUUCUAGUGGCGUAAUAUAGUGAAAGCAACCUGAACAUUCCAAUCAGUGUAGAAGGCGCCCACAAGAGAAGUUGAAUGCAAGUUUCCCGCCCAAAGAAGAACGCAAGGCGCGCUCUCGCUAGCGGCGACUAGCUGAAGCUACGCGCGGUACAAAUGUCGAAACGGUGCUAAGGUGAGAACGUUUGCUAAAUUGAAAUCUUUAUUGUAUUUACUUUGGUUAGCCGAAUUGGAAUAAUUUGAAAAUUUAGAAGUGAUUUAUUUUAUGGUACGUAGCCUUCAAUACGUACAAUAGAUUAUAAACUAUUUACCUUUUUUGCAUUGUCCUGUAUUUUUCUCCAUUUUUUUCUCUAUCGCCCACCACUCUGCAUUGUGAGUGUUAUAGUGAAAGUUAACAUAUUUUUUUUGUUUAGAGAAUAAAUUUAAUAUAUUUCUGUCAAUGUAUGUACACUAUGGAUAGCGAGUAAACUCGGAAGAAAGGAGAAACAGAACAAGAUGAAGGAUUAUAUUAUGUACUAGAAAUAUUGAGAGUACGCAAUAAAAUGUAAUCAAGUAAAUGUACUAUUUGUAGAUCCAUUGUUAUUCUAGUUAUAGAUACGAUUAGGAGAUGAUAUUGUGAGCAAUAUGAUCAAUAAAAACUGAAUAUUGAAUAUAGAAAA